CUUUCGGCCCGUCUCUUUCACGCUUGGAAAAGAAAAGGAAAAAUGCGAGGCGGUGAACAGUCUUUGCCCGCGUGUUUUUCAUGCGUUUUUGGGUGGGCAUGGCAAUCAAUCAGUGGGUCUCCGUUUCCUGGAGUCAAAGCUCCCCUGCCCAGAGUUCAGACUCUUUCCCCUCUUUGCCAUGGACCGAAUAAACAUGUGGAUUCCACGCGGGAAGACACUCCCUGCUGUUGACCGCCUCCCCCUCCCCCCUCCCGCUCCCGCCAUUCGGGGAAGGAAGGAGCAUGGCGGAGCAGACGACGGAGCGGAGGAAGGAAUGGAAUGGAUCGGGAAGCAAAAGAGGAGGUCAGGUUCUCGGUCGCUUGCCGGACCGGGACCGGGGAUUCUUUCAGCUGCUUGGGGGCGGCGAGCAGAGCAGGGUCUCCUUCUCGAUCCGUCAACUGGCUUGGAAGUUGGAUCAGAUGAUAUACUCGAGGUGGAACUGGAAAUGGGUGCGGGUAGAAUUGCCCGGAAGGAACUUCGUUGAGGGAGCUGACAACUUCAACCUGUUUCCUUGGAGCUGGAAUCGGUUAAUAUGUCUUGUUCAGACUCCUGAUUUGGUGUAAUUGUUAUCAAGAACUUUGGUCUAAAUUGAUGGCAGCGGCGGUGAUGUUGACGUCGGGUUUGUUUUGGUUAGUGGUUCUCCUAUUUUCAUAAAUAUUGUACUUUUGAUGGUCUAUACUAAUGGUUUGGCAAUGAAAAUCAUGGUCCAAUAUUCGGGCUGCAACGAGUUCAACUAAUUUAUGUUGCCACUUGUUAGGAUGGUUGACUCAUGUGGCUCUUAGAAAUCUUUGAUGACAUACAAGUAUGAUAUUUGGACUUCUACAACCUUUUCAAUGGAUGCUCAGAGGAAUUUUAAGAUGCAAAGGGCAAAGUUGGAGACCGCGACUUUGGAGACCAGAAAAAUUUGGAAUGACUUCGUCUGGGGCCAUCAUCCUCUCCACAUCGCAAUCAUCAUGCUACCGUGCAACCUUAACCUAAAAGAUGGUCCCACCCUAUCUCCAUAACCUAGCUCCUCCUCUAUGCAAGCAGUCAUAAUCCAAAGAAUAGGUGGAAGAUAUGGACAAGAACGAAAGUGAAUAUCAUAUGAGUUGAAAACGAGUCCAAAGGAUGGCAGUUGAUCAAUGCACACUAGUAUAUCAGAUUUAAUGGUUCUCUCAGUGUAUUAGGAUGAUAGUGAAGGAUGGUGCGAUGAUGUAUAUAUCAUGUCUUGCUUGCCCUCUUCAAGGUGAAAGUUAUCCCUUGUUUGACAAGAACAUCGUGUAUCACACAUUACCACACUCGUCAGUGGCGGAGACAGGCCUGGGGAAACUAUGGCUAUAGCCCUAGGCCUAGCAACAACUUCCCUUAUAAUUCCUUCAUACAAAGUAUAGAAAAUCACAGAAAUUUAUUAGUCAACAUAGUGUAGCCCCAAGCUUAACAUGCUGCUAGCUCCGCCACUAACACUCGUGAUGGUGUUUUGGUGAUUACAUCAUGAAUUAGGUUAAUCUAUUUUUCUUUUUUACUUUUACUUCGAUACACAUUCGGUCUUAUGGUCGAUGACCCUCAUAUUCUUUUGCCUAUUGGCCACAUACCCAAUUCGAUACUAUGGGAUACAAGACAAGCAUGCCACAAACAAAUCUCACAAAGAAAACGAUGAUGUCAAUUCAAAUGCAUAUCUGACCGAUAUAUGUCAUUUUAAACGAUGUAUGUUCUCGAUGUAAUGUUAGGAGAGAGAACACUUGUAAGUAGGGGAUCUACCUUAAUAAAGAGGCUCACAUCGAUGAUUGACCCUCAAACCCCCUCAUACACUGACAAAGGAUGGGGUAGUGCCAUUUCAUUUGGGAUAACCCUUUAUAACUCCUUGCACCCAUAUCCUUAAGGUGUAAAUUGUAAGGCAUAGAUUGAGGGGCUUGGGAUCAUAAUUGUGCAUCUACAUAAGGUCCUACAAGACUCACAAAUUAACACAUGAACUAUGGCAAGGAUAACAUAUAAGAGGGGUCGCAUCCUAACAAGGGGCAUAUGAGCAUAUUCAACAAUCCACACUGACUGAAUAGUUGUCGUGCAGUAAGAGGGAAUGUUCUUGAUUGUCCAGACAAGGAUGUCAUGGUUGGGCAUGCUUGCCCCCCUGUUGGGGUAUGAGGGAUCAAGGAUGCCAUGGUUGGGCAUGCUCUAAGAUAAGCGAAACUGGUGAGAGAAUCCUUAGCGAAACGCUUGGGAUCUCAACAUGGCCAAGAAUAGACACGAAUACACAAACUUGGGAGGGACAUGCAUGAACCCUAUGUCAAGGAUUAGACCUAAUCCACACCGCUCAGAGCUUAUGAACGUCGUCAUGUGUGUAGUUGUGCAUGUAUGUGUAGAUCUUUAUUUUGUAGAGAGUGGGUGCUGAACUCAUUUUUUGUUAUCGUUUUGACAUGACCUUUGCGCUAAUAAAACUCAUUUGAUAAAGCAAUGCAAGUCUUGACUAGGUGUAGGUGGUGAUUUGGUGUGUGUUAGGGUUCUUCUAAUCCCCUAUUAACUGUUAGUUAUGUGUUUCAUUAACAUAAUUGCUCCAUAUAAAUAAAAGUAUUUUUCUAUAUGGGAAGUUUCGUGGCUCUAAGACCACCGGAUUGGGCAAAUUCGACCCCCUAAACGUUCGCGGACGUGUGCAUGCGCCUGCAGACAGCGCCGACCAGCCCUCAUCUGUCCUCCCAGACAACCAUACCCCACAUAUUCAUGCAAAACCAUGAACCUCCAUCACAUAUAUAACAUCACUUUAUCACCAAUUCAACAAUUCGGCAAAGCAAAUAAAUCAACACAUGCCAAAAUAAAAUUUAACCACUCAUAGAUAGGCGAUACAAGAAUGAAUCAUUCUCCUCUCUCUUUGCGGGUUGAUCUCCUUUUUCUUCAUGUGUAGCCCCUUCUUGCUUUCCUCGUUCAAGAGGCUAGCGUCAUGCAAUAUGAUCCUCGGAUCCUCGGUGCCCCUUGCAAGCUUCAACCUCUCUUUGUCGAGCUCAGUUGUUUGUAUUGUCUUCUUCUUUUUAAGCUCCUAUUUUGCACAUUUCUCUUGCUUCCCCAAAUCUAUCUUCCCCCUCUCAAUGCUCAUCUUAUCUUUCACCCUCUCCCGGUCGAACAACAUCAUCUCCCUUUGAACAUCCAAGAAGAUAUUGUACCUCGCCCCUUUUGCUCCUCUUGGGCGUAAAAAAUGCCCAUCACGGACAUUUUGAUUGUCGCACUGUCACACGUGGCCCUCCCCUUCUUCUACUUGUUUCCCACCACCUGCCAAUUCGUCUUUGGCAUGGUUCCUUUUCCGUCCGCUUCUCCACUUUGCUGAUCAUCGUUAACCAGCCCAAUAGAUUGUUGGGAGCUUGAGCCAUUGUUUUUAUUCAACUCCUUGGUGAGGUUUUCAAGCUCUGUAAUGGCGAGUUGCCACUUAGGUUUCACAUUCAAUUUCAACCAACAACGGGGCAAAGUGAAUGGCUUGCCCUUGGUUUGGUUGUACAAAUUGGAUAUAUGCUUGUGGACAACCAAGAUUCACACAACAACACAUCUUCAUGGCUUGUGAAUGCCGAGCCUCUUGCCUUUGCUACCUUUUUAUUUUAGUGCGUGAUAUUUGCACAACAUCAAGGAAUUGGUAUCACCCAAACCAUAAUGCAUAGGCUCUUGACCAUCAUUUACCAUGUUGAUAAAAAAAUAUGCAUCACAUUAAAAUACCAUUCCUAAAUUGAUCCAAUGGUAUGUGCAACAAACAAAGCAAGCAAUACAAUGGCAUAUGGGGCAAAUUGUACCAUGUCUUGGUUGACUACUUCAUCGAACAACACGUGGGCAUGCCCGAUGUUGGCUUUAUCCGCUGCCUUUGGAGUUGCACUGAGCAGUACACCGUGUCCGCAAUGGCAUCUUCCAACGUCCAGCCAUCCAAGAUGGCCCAUUCGGAUGUUGGAACGGAGUUGGGAACGCCAGACAACUUGUUCCCUCUCGCGAGUAGGUAGGAUGACGCGGAGGCAAUCGCAAGACCAGACGCGCCUAAGUCCAUCUCUAUGACCUCUUUCUCCGUAGGUUCCUUCUUUGUAGCUUCUCAGACGCGCUGCCAAGAGCAUCGCUUCCUCUGGGAGAUGUUCUCCGCCUUGCAAGCAGCGACAGUCGGGAGCGCCACAAACUUCGCCGAGCUAUCAUCCAUGGCGGCGGUGGGAACCAAGGCCCUUAGUGUCGAGGUCGGACAACUAGCGAGGACGACGACGCAGAUGGAGAGCAAGGGUGGGGGGAGGGCGACAGCUUAGACGAGGGAAAUGGAGCACAGUCGUGUGCGUAGUGUGGUUGAUUUGGUGGACUUGAUCAAUUUCGAGCGAAUUUGGGGUAGGUCCGACCUGUCGUACGUGUCGGACGUUCCAUAUCCCACCCGCAUAUGGGUUAGAUUUGAGAGAUGCCGGACAACCCGAACAUUUGGGCUGUCUUUCAGGGAUCCGAUUGGAUGACGUUUUUCGGUCCGGGCAAUGACCGGGUUAUCCGCACGUUCGAGAGUGAGUGUCCGGUUGUAGAUGCUCCACCAGCUCAUUUGCUUUAAGUGACCAGUAGAAUACUGAAACAACAGGAGUAGAAAAUGAUUGGAAGCCCAUCAAGAACCUUUUCAAUAUGAACAGGCGGAGGCAAUCACAGGAAACACGUGGAAGGUGGACUACACAUGAUUCCAUGUAUUCGGCCACGACCUCGCCAUGACCAUCGUUGGACCUUGAACAGAGAACAACACCGUCGCCGUCGAUGCACACAUGCCACAACACGAUAGAUAUGUUAGUUAAAUGAGAGAUCCCAAUAGUGCUACCACAACAUCGACUAAAAUAACACGUUGUCAUAUUCAACACACAGUUGCUGACACUAGCACCAGCAACUCGUCGAGCAGCCGAAACUUCAGCGAAAGCGUGUGCAAGUGUCGCUAGAAGACUACGGUCCAGGCCCGGUCCGUACUCGUUUAAGAAGUCUCUACUCGUCGUCUGCCGUUCAAGCAUUUUACCGUGGACAGCAUGUUCCCCGGUCGCUGGCUACGUGGCUCUGCUUCUGGUUCACCGUUCACACUGGCAGGAUUCUCUUGUUCAAUGCAAUCUACUCGUCAUUGAAAUUUUCCUCUCUUUGGUUUCCCAUCUGGGAGAAAUCUUUGAUUCUAGAUGCAUGUCUUCAGCCUGCAUAUAUAAUAAUACUAUGUCAGAUGAGUAGUUAUGGUAUGAGAAUAAUAUUGUUUUUGGCACAUGGCCUUUCUAGCAGAUGUUUUGCAUUUAUUAUUAUGAACUGUCCUCAUGGAUGCUUAAGCUCCAAAUACCUCUGUUUAACUUGGAAUCCUGCUAAUUUUUUUCCAGAAUGUCCUAAAUUAUACAUAAAUUUAAAAUAUCUAAAUCAUCAUUUUAGAUUGCAUUCUUGUUGGCCCUAAUCCCAAGCCCGAGCUUAGC